CCACACACCCAACCAACCACCCCUAGCUACCACUUCAACCUGCACUGGUCUCUGCACACUCUCGGAGUUCAGCGUCGCUCGCAGAUCAAAGAAGUCAAGUUCGUGUCACAGCGAGGAGCGUCGUCGGUGAGCGUGAUCGGUCGGGAAAUGGUGAAGAGCGCGCAGCAGCAGCCGCAGGGGGUGCUCGGCGGCGACGGCGGCAAUGCGGUGGCGGCGAGGCAGGGCGGCGGCGGCGGCGGGAGGCAGCAGCAGCAGCAGUACAAGGGCGUGCGGAUGCGGAGCUGGGGGUCGUGGGUGUCGGAGAUCCGGGCGCCCAACCAGAAGACGCGCAUAUGGCUCGGCUCCUACUCCACCGCCGAGGCCGCCGCGCGCGCCUACGACGCCGCGCUGCUCUGCCUCCGGGGCUCCGCCGCCGACCUCAACUUCCCCGUGCACCUCCCCUUCCACGUCCCCGCCGCCGCCAUGUCGCCCAAGUCCAUCCAGCGCGUCGCCGCCGCCGCCGCCGCCAGUGCCGGCAGCAGCCCCCUGCAGCCUCCCCACACCAUGGCCUCCUCUGCCUCCUGGCCCGGCGCCGCCCCGCCGUGCGGCUACGGCAACAACGCGUCGUCCUUCGGCUCCCCAGAGGACCAGUCCGCCCGCCACAGCAACGCCGACGACGACGAGACCAUGGCGCACGGCGACGACGGCGUGGACUACGACGCGCUGGCGGACAUCGACGCCUUCUUCCAGUCGCCCAAGUGCAUGGACUACGCCAUGAUGAUGGACCCGUGCAGCACCUUCUUCGCGCCGGCGCCCAUGGCGCCCGUCGAGUGGGAGGAGGAAGGCGAGAUCAGCCUCUGGAGCUUCUCCUCCUACAACUGAUCGAGCUCAAAUGCCAGCUUCGACCGAGAGCUUCGAGCUUCGAGCUUCGACUGGCCAUGGAGGCCAUUUCAUGCUUCGACUGGUCAAAUCACCACUAAGCAAUUCCAUCAACACUGACAGAUUAAUUACUCAACUACCACUACGAGUGACCAAGAAUUGGUCACGGUAAAAAUAAUCGCAGGCCAUGAUCAAUUCUUACUUCAUGGCCUCGCGAAGAAUGAUGAUUAAUUAUUAUUUCAUUCAUAUUCCGUAGCUAAAUAUAAUAUACUAGUACCACUGGCGUACUAGUAGUACGUAGCCGUACAAGGCCAAUUAUGCAUUUGUGGGGGAGGUCUGAUGGAGCUACAUGUUUUAAGGCAGCUUCCAUGGAGCCAACUCCCUUCAAUUAGUUUACAUGUGUACUAGUAUGUGUAAAAGCUGUUUGUGCAAGUGUGCAAGCAAUGGGUUAUGAUGAUGAAUUACCUCUUUAA